AUGAUUGUAACACUAAACCCUAGGAUCCUCCAUUUCUCCAAGCUCCAUCCUCUUUCUCGUUCUUCUUCGUAUAUCUACAGAACUCGAAAUGUGUCUCUGACCACAAAUUGUAAGCUUCAGAAGCCUGAGAAUGGGAAUCAGAGAAGUAGCGGAAAUCUCACGAAGACCAUCUCGCUUUCCGACUCGGCGCCGCCGGUUACGGAAGAGACGGACGUGGAAGUUUCCGGCGAUCGGGUUGUUAAGGGAGGUGGUAAUGGUAAUGGAGGAGGAGGAGACGGAAGAGGGUUAGGGUUUUUGAAGAAGUUACCGAGAAAGGUUUUGUCAGUUUUGUCUAAUUUGCCUCUUGCGAUUACAGAAAUGGCCACCAUCGCUGCUCUUAUGGCUCUUGGGACUGUGAUUGAACAAGGUGAAACCCCUGAUUUCUAUUUCCAAAAGUAUCCAGAGGAUAAUCCUGUGUUUGGGUUCUUCACUUGGAGAUGGAUUUUUACACUUGGAUUUGAUCAUAUGUACUCUUCUCCUAUCUUUCUUGGGAUGUUGCUUCUUUUAGCUGCUUCACUUAUGGCUUGUACUUAUACUACUCAGAUACCUUUGGUUAAGGUUGCAAGGAGAUGGACUUUUAUGAAGUCAGAUGAGGCAAUUAAAAAGCAGGAGUUUGCAGAUACUUUGCCAAGAGCAUCUAUUCAAGACUUGGGAAUGAUUUUGAUGGGUGAUGGUUUUGAGGUGUUUAUGAAGGGUCCUUCAUUGUAUGCUUUUAAAGGUUUGGCUGGUCGAUUUGCGCCUAUUGGAGUACAUAUCUCAAUGCUUCUGAUUAUGGUGGGUGGAACCCUCAGUGCGACAGGGAGCUUUAGAGGCUCGGUCACAGUUCCGCAAGGGUUAAAUUUUGUCAUGGGAGAUGUCUUGGCCCCAAUUGGGUUUUUCUCAGUUCCAGCAGAUGCUUUUAAUACUGAAGUUCAUGUUAAUCGAUUCACCAUGGAUUAUUAUGAUAGUGGAGAGAUCUCACAGUAUCACUCUGAUCUUUCACUCCGUGACCUUAAUGGGAAAGAGGUUCUGAGAAAAACAAUUAGCGUUAAUGAUCCCUUGAGAUAUGGUGGGGUCACCAUAUACCAGACAGAUUGGAGUUUCUCAGCCUUGCAGGUGACAAAGGAUGGUGAAGGACCAUUCAACUUGGCUAUGGCACCUAUUAAGAUCAAUGGAGACAAGAAGUUAUAUGGGACCUUCUUACCAGUUGGUGAUACUAAUGCUCCCAAUGUCAAAGGAAUAUCUAUGCUAGCUCGGGAUCUACAAUCUAUUGUUGUAUAUGAUCUGGAAGGAAAAUUCGCUGGAAUAAGGAGACCAAACUCGAAGCUUCCCAUUGAGGUUAAUGGUAUGAAGAUUGUCAUUGAAGAUGCAAUUGGAAGCACUGGUCUUGAGUUAAAAACUGACCCAGGAGUACCAGUGGUCUAUGCUGGUUUUGGUGCUUUAAUGCUCACAACCUGCAUUAGUUACUUAUCUCAUUCACAGAUAUGGGCACUACAAAACGGAACAACAUUGGUGGUCGGAGGAAGAACCAACAGAGCGAAGAACGAAUUCCCUGAUGACAUGAAUCGAUUGCUCGAUCAAGUUCCUGAGCUAAUCAAUAAGAACACUUCAGUUGUCUCUGAGCAAUCUUGAUUAGCUCUUCGAACUCUGGUACAUUUCAAGACAAAACCAAUAUAGUUGUACAGAAUUAUGAAAGAAGGUAUAGUUUUCAAGAACACAUACACAUUCACAUUCUACAUGUUGCUGAUCAUAUGGGAAGAGAGAGAGAGAGAGAGAGAGAGAGAAGAGCUUGAAAGUUAGAGACUGAAACUUCAGAAUCGAUUUGCAUGGAGGUUUUGUUUGAAGAGUCAGAGUCUUAGCUUCUACACCGUGAAGUUAGAGAAUAGAUGGUGAGUACUAUUUUUUUGUGGGUAGGUUUUCUUGUUUGUCAAGUUAUAUGAUCUGUAUGUAUCUCUCUUAACUACAAUUCAUCGAUACUACAAUUGUUUUUUACUAGCUCUGUUAUAUUAUCCUCGGUAGAAAUA